AUGUUGGGAAGGAGAAGGUUUCACGCCGCUGCAAGGAGGCUGAAUGUUCAUGCUGUCCACCAACAGUUCACGUCCCCACCAGAUCUACAAUAUAGACAAUCUGUGAUGAAAGCAAGGACAGAUUGCACCGAGAUGUUGAACAAGUUUGACAAGUCAAGUUACCUAUUGGCUCAUUACAUUCCAGAACCUGCAAGAGAUACCUGGAUGGCGAUACGAUGCUUUCUAUUGGAAGUGAACAAGAUAUCAGAUUCCAAUACAAGAGCCAACAGUCAAUUCCGAGCUAAUGUGGGGGUUGGCCUACUUGACGUCAAAUUCAAAUUUUGGGAGGAAUUACUUCAAAAAGUGUUUCUAGGCGGGUACCAGAAGCCUUUGGGUGAACCGGUGGCUACUUUGUUACGGGAUGGUAUCAACAAAGAGUUAAACUUGGACAUUGGCAUGUUUCAACAGAUAUUGACAUCUAGAUUGCAUUACUUGAAGAACACUUCUAAGUUAGGGUUCAAGAACAUGGAUGAAGUUUGUUCCUAUGGCGAAGGCAUUUAUUCACAGAGCAAUUAUUUAACACAGCGAUUACUAUUAUCACCUAACAUCUCCCCAUCUGCUGUUGAACUAUUGGAGCAGGCCCCGUUCCUAGAGACAAAUUUAACUGAAGUGGCGGCCCAUCUAGGUCAAGCGACAGGGGUUGCCACUAUGUUGAUAGGAUUAAAGUAUUAUGCUACAACACAAAAUCAUAUUCCCCUGCCGUUGGACUUGAUGGCCAAGCAUGAUUUGUCACAGGAACAGCUUUUGAGGCUUUUCCAUGGAUACCUGGAGGGUUCUGAUUUGGCAAGAGCCUCGGACCAACUAUCUAAUGUGGUAUUCGACGUUGCAACAACUGCCAAUGACCAUAUUCUUACAGCACGUCAGAAGUUUGACCAGCUGAAACAGGACAUCUGUCAGGUGUUGGACGUGGACCAGGCACACAAUGAGUUUCUGCAAUCUAGGGCCCAAAAUUGGACUAAAAAAGUGCCUGAUGUUCUCUACGUUCCAUUCAUGUCAUCAAUUCCCACUCAGUUAUAUCUAUCCAAGCUGGAAAAGUACAAUUUUGACAUCAACAAUGGUAACCUUCAGAGCAAAGAUUGGAAACUUGCUUGGAAAAGUUACUCCAACUACUCAAGGAGAUCGAUCUGA